CAAGCAUGCGCCAUUGAAUCCGCAGCUAAAAUGAAUCCAAAUAUGAAUGUGUAUCUGCUAUUCCUUUCUCCUUCUAAAAUUUCGAAACAAUCAAAAAAAAUAUUUGAACAAUUACAAGCUUAUCCGAAUAUUCGUAUCAGACGUGUUAAAUUCCAAAAUUAUGUAAAAAACACACCUCUGGAUGUAUGGUACAAAAUGGAUAUACUAAAGAAAAGUAAAUGGCCAAGAAUUCAAAUGGCUGAUAUUCUAAGAUUUCUAACACUUUGGAAAUAUGGAGGAAUAUAUUUGGAUCUGGAUGUUGUUGUUAUCAGACAUGACAUAUAGGGAUCCACGAAUCAAAUUGAAGCAAAAAUAAUGAAGAAAAUAUGAUGUCGUAAGCAAAAGAUAUUUUAAAAUAGAUAUAAGUGAAAUU